AUGGCUGCGGGCGGCGGCCAAGCAGCCCGUGCGGCUGCUGAGCCGCCAUGCGCUGGAGGCUCCCUCUGGCCCGCGAGGCGCUCCAGGCAGGCGGCGGCUCGCGCUGCCUGCGCUGGGCGGCUGCAGGCGGCCCUGGCGCGGGUGACCGACCUCGAGGCGGAGUGCGCGCGGCUCCAGGCGGAGCUGGGCCACGUGCUGGUCGCUAGCCAGGCGGUGGCCACGGCUGCGGCGCGCGCAGCCGCGCAGGAGGCCCGCGGCUCCGCGGCCCCUGCGGCGGAUGCUGUCCAUGACGGUGGUGGUCUUCCUGGUGCUGGCUCUGGCGGCGACGUCGACAGCUUGUGCGAGGACUCCGCGGACCUGGACGGCAAGAGGGACCCGCUGCUCCGCGCCGCGGUCCCCGAGGUCGUCGCAAGGCUGGCGCUGGUCGCGCCCGUCAUGGCGGCGGACCUCUUCAACGAGCCUGCAGCCACCCUGGACGUCGGGCGUCGGAACGUGGUCAGCCACAACCCGACGAUCUCGGCGGCGGAGGGCAGCCUCGUCACGGUCGCAGCGCUGGUGUUCGCGGCCGUGGAGCUCUUCCUCCUCUUCGCCCUGCUGGCUCGCUCGGCCGCCGAGGGCGUGUCGGCUUCCUGGGAGGUCGCCUGCCGCCGCGGGCGCAGCCUCCCAGCGGGCGCCCGCUUCGCUCUCGCUGAUCGAGCGCGUCUUUCGGCUGCCCCCGUGCCCGCCCCGCUCGCCUCGGGGCCCCGCUGGUGGAAAGGGGACCUCGAGCAUGCGGAGCAGGGCUCGGCCAGGCAGCUUGCCUGCCACGAGUUCGGAGGCGACCUGAAGGAGCUGGACGGCUUCAACCACUCCGCGGCGUGCGCGAGUGCGGCCUCGAGCGCGCCCCCUUCGGCUUGCGACGCGGACUUCGUGGUGGCGGAGGGCCCCGAGGCUCUCACCGUCGGCGCUGCGGCUGACGACGUCGACGACGGGCAGGGAGUCGCCUCCGUGGUGUUCAUCUCGGCCGACGGGCUCGAGGAAGGGCCCGAGGAGGAUGUCGUGGAGGAGGUGCACGGUGACGUGCUGGAGCUGGUGGUGGGGGACGCCGCGGCCCUCGCGCCCGCUCCCCAGCUUGGUGCGGCGGUUCGUGCUCGCCUUCGCCUCGAUCGACUCCGACUUCAGGUCGUCAAGGGUGCCGCGGUGCCCAUCGACGACCGCGACCUCCGCAGACCUGGCUGGCAGGCCGCCGAUGCCGCAGCUGGGGUGGAGGUGCCCCCGACGCCUGCCCAGCAGCGCGAGGGGCUCCGCUGGGUGAGACGGCUUCUCGCUGUUCCUGGGGCCUGGGACGGAGGCGCGGUCUGGGAGCCUGAGUACAUCGAAGAGGCGGUCAGACGCAUCGACGGCGACGGCUCGCGCCGCGCCCGCCGUGCCGCUCGCUGA